GCAGGUGAAUAUGAAGAAGCGAGGACUGAAGGACCAAAAGGCUCAAAGAGCCAACAUGCGUGCGACUGACAACAAACAACAGUUCAUGCAAUCGCUUCAGAACCUUCAGAGAAAGCGGAUCUGCCAGCUGGAUGAGGAAAUGAUGGUGAUUAGAAGAGACUUGAUGAACAUGAACUCCCACCAACCAAACUACUUUUUAGAACCCAGUAGACCGAACUCUGCUCGACAAUCCAGCAGGCAGAAUCAGAGGUCGAGGCCUGUGUCGAGACAUCGAAGUCUAACAGUAACGAUCCCCAGCGCUCGACCAACAACUGCUCCAGAGACAAGGGACCGGGAUCUAUCUCGACAUGUCUCCCGGGACAAGGACCUGUCUCGUGAAACUCCCGGGAACUCGUCAAAAAAGCUUCAUCCGGCUCUCUGCAGUCACAGAUCUCACAAAACUCGGACAGGAGCAGAGGUGGGAAUGGAAAAGGUCCAGUUGUCAGUCUAGAUCAGUGUCCAGAAGCAGUGGCCUCAGUCUCCUCCAGAUGGAAGAAAGGCAACACCAGAGUGAAACUGGGAGCAGUUCAAAUCAUGACACGUUCUCACCAAGAAGCCAAGAAGAGAAUCGAGUCAAAACAAGACUUCUCUGCUAGUGCCGAGCUUGACACGAUAAAAUCGAUCAGCAAGUGGCUCAGUAUCAAGAAAAUGGCGGAGCAGCCCAGGGGAAUCCCACCAAUAGCAAUGAGAUACGUUCACUCCAGGCAUAAAGACUGGAAGUUUGACCUUCCCACCUUCAUGGAGAAGCAGUUUCCUCCAACUAAUCUAAAGCAGAGUUUGUCCCAGAAGAAAUCAUGGAAGAGCAGAAAAAGUGCUUUAAUAACAUGACAGCAGCUAGAGCACUUCUCAAAUUCAAGAGGAGACUAAACACUUUCCGAGCCAAGACAGAAGAAGAACGCCAGGCCGAGAAGAUGUGGGAAGAUUUGAAGAAGGUCAGAUAUCUGAGGAUACCUGGACAAGCGACAGAAUCCCGAUCUAUUCCUACACUCCGGAUCUCGGCCUCAGCCGGCCCGACUCAAUGCUUGACGAUUAUAUGAAUGAGGAAAUCACUUUAGUGAGAAGAAAAUCUGUUUAAUUCUAAAAACGUGUGGGAGUUCAGUGACUUACUUCGAGAACGUGAUACUUGUCACUUUUAUAACAAUCUCACUCAUUUCCUUUGUGGUCAUUACUCUUUAUGUUUGAUAUUUGCAUAUCGAAAGAUCGCGGAUUUUUCUCAGAGGUCUUGUUAUUGAAUUUUGUUAAAUUUCUCAAUAUAUAGUUAAACAGGAAAACUACAGUUAUUUUUGCAAACGAUUCAGCACGGACAAUCAAA